UCUGAUCAUCACAAUAAUAUAUCCUAGGAUGGCUUUUCAUCUCGAGAUAUUAUUAUUAUUAUUUACUAUUAGUUUGUGCCAUAAAUAAACGCAUAAUACAAACCCUGGACCAGCCCUUUCUCUCUCUCUCUCUCUCUAAACUGACUCCAGAAAGACUUAGCUAUGGCUGGUCAAGGAGGAGGAGAUCAAGAGAUCAAGUAUUGUUUUUCCGGGAAUCCGAUUCAAACCCAUCAUUUAGUUGAUCAGUUACAAACCUUCGAUCAUAACUCAUCGGAGAUCUACACUACCUUAGCCGCCGCCACUUCUGUCGACAAAUCUAAUAAUUCUCUAUGGAAGGGACUAUUCUUCUCCGGCGUCCAUGGGGGUCAGUCCUCUUCAUCCAAACCUAACCAGGGUCAGUUCUAUGAUCAUCAUGAGUCAACCCUACAUAUGGUUGUUUCACCAGAUGAUCAUGAUGAUGAUGAGACUAGUAAUUCGGUUGAACCUUGGCAGCAGCAACAACAACAACAUGUCGUGUUCCCUUGUGAGGGUAACGAAAGGCCAAGUCAAGGACUUUCUCUCUCUCUUUGCCCAACAAAUCCAUCCGCUAUUGGACUACAGUCUUUUGAGUUGAGACGACAACAACAACAGCAGCAGCAGGAUCUGAUCAGGUUUGUCCCUUCUGAUGAUCAUGAUCAUGGUCAGUCGACGUUCUUUCCAAAGCCCAUGAACAAUAAUAAUAAUAAUAAUAAUGGUUUAAUUCAUCAACAACAACAACAUCACGGACAGUUUGAUCAGAUCAGGAAUUCAAAGUACUUGAUUCCUGCACAAGAUCUGUUGAAUGAGUUCUGUAACCUUGGGACCAACGGCCAACAACCUAAUAAAACAUUAAGGACGACCACUUUUAAUUCUAAGCCCCACAAGUCUGAUCAUGAUGAUGAUCAUCAUGUCUUCUACACUUCUAAUUCCAAAAAGCCUUCAACUUUGUACUCUCUUGACCUUCUUGACCUCCAGAAAAGAAAAUCAAAGCUUCUUUCCAUUCUUGAACAGUUGGACAGGAGAUACAGACACUACUGUGAUCAAAUGAAGGCGGUGGUUUCAUCAUUUGAGUCGGUGGCUGGAAACGGAGCUGCUUCAGUUUACUCAACAAUGGCAUCAAAGGCUAUGUCUAAGCAUUUUAGAUGUUUGAGAGAUGGGAUUGUUGGAGAAAUUAAAGCCACAAAGAAAGCUAUGGGAGAAAAAGACAUUGCUGCCCCUGGAACAACCAAAGGUGAGACUCCUAGACUAAGAGUGUUGGAUCAAACUCUACGACAGCAAAAGGCUUUUCAACAGAUGACCUUGAUGGAAACUCAUCCAUGGCGUCCACAACGUGGCCUUCCUGAAAGAUCCGUUUCUGUUCUAAGGGCGUGGCUAUUCGAGCAUUUUCUUCACCCAUAUCCAAGUGAUGUUGAUAAACACAUACUAGCUCGUCAAACUGGUCUUUCAAGAAGUCAGGUUUCUAAUUGGUUUAUCAAUGCUAGAGUUAGACUAUGGAAGCCAAUGGUUGAAGAAAUGUACACUGAAGAGUUAAGGGAAGCACAGUUGGAACCCAAACCGGGUUCCCCGGCGGCGCCGGAAGAUGAUAAUCGGAAACCUGUUGCGUCCGGUCAGCUGACACGUAUUGAUUCAGAGUGUUUAUCAUCCGUCAUCAACAAUGGGGAAUUGGGUAAGAAUCAAAUGAGUUUUGGGAAUGCGUUUGGUGCUGUAGAGUUGGAUUUCUCUACUUAUGCUGCUGCUGCGGCGGCGGCAGGGGGAAGUAGCGGCGGCGGCGGAGGUGGGGUGUCUUUGACACUUGAGUUGCAGCAGCACCACCACGGCGGCGGAGGAGGAAAUGGGGUGAGCUUGGCUUUCUCGCCGGCGGCGGGGCAAAGUUCAUUAUUUUAUUCGAGGGAACAAAUGGAAGAUUGCCAGCCGGUUCAGUACUUGUUGGAAGGAGAUCAAGGACAGAAUUUGCCUUAUAGGUUUCUGAUGGGUGCACAGUUGCUAAAUGACUUAGCCGGCUAGGCUUAGGCUUAGGCUUAGGCUAGGCUAGGCUAAGCUAAGAGCUUAGGUUGCUUUAAAAGAUUGAAUAAUUAUUAUUGGGGGAGGGAGAGGUGUCGGUGAGGUGAAUUUGUAAUGAUAGAUCAUAGUGUUCUUAUAUGCUAAUAUUAUUAAUUGCUGCCCGGGGUAUACAAAUCAAAUCAUCCAAAUCUUUUACCAUAUGCUAUUCCAAAACAUAUGAUAGAUUAAUAUUAUUGCA